AUGAAAACAUCAACAGUGCUGACGAUUUCUUUUGUAUUAUUCCUCGUCCUGGCUACCCUCUGCAGAAACAGUGAGGGGUUUGCUUUAUCACUUACUGCAAGAAGAGAUGAACUUAAGAGGGACAAAAAAAAGCAAGCAUCGGAUGGCGUCAGGCUGAGAAGAAAGCUUAAGAGACUGAAGAACAAAGAACUGGAGCUGGAAAGAAAAGUAUCAGAGUUAUCGAAGUGGGUUCAAAAAUACAAAACAACGCACAGAUCUAAGGUAAGAAUCUUUACACCUUGAUCUUCUUUUACUGUGCUCAGAGCGUUAUCUCUCUACAUUAUGCCAAUGCUGGCAACGCAAACUCUAGUAGGCUCACAGAUUUGUUACAGUAAAUUUAGCAUGACCAGUAGCAACAACUUAAAUUUGUUAUAUACAGGUUUUGAAAGCUUAAGAAUUAACUUACUCAGCACGAGGUGGGAAACUUUAGCACCCUUGUACUGCACAAUUUGUGUAAAACCGAAAUUUUAAACAUGGGAAAACAACAUGUUUGCAAAAUUGAAGUGACGAGUGCAAAGCACAUUCCUGACACUUCCUGUUGCUUGUUUCUGGUUCAACAACUGCAACCGCAAUGAAGAUGAAACAAUUAAAGUUAUUGGCUGGGUUUCCUUAUGAAGCAGUUUGAUAAAUUGGCAGUUGUUACACGUACAUUUCGGCUCUCCGACGGUGAAGAAAUCACAUGCAGAAGAUCGAAACUAUUUGCUCUUAUCUAACACGGAUUUUUUUAUGCUUUUACAGUCGAAACAAGGCAGAUUUUCUGGAGCAGAUUCUUGGUGAAAUUUAUGAACUCAGAGGAUGACAAUGUUUACUCUUGCGAGGAACUGAAAAAUAGAGUGCCAGCUCAAGAAAGAUCUGGAUAAAAUGUUAUUUAUUAGUGGGACGCUUUUCGAAAAAAGGAAGAGUCUUGCAUCAUCAGAAUGUUAUUUAUUUGUACACGGAAAAAGUGAAGUUAUACAAUGAUUAUCUAUUUAUAAUAAAUACAUCUUUUGAUAUUCGUUCAAGGACGUUGUUUUUGCUACCUCAUGCCAGUUGUAAGCCUUAUUUGACUCGAAGAUAUAAUUGACUGUAAUGGAUUAUUUAUCUCUUAAAAUACACCUUGAGAAAAAUAGCCAUUACGUGUUUUAUUUCAUCAUAAAAAGGAAGCUAUUUAUGAAGGAAACGACUGUUGUAUGACGACAGAAUGACAUGGUAAUUGGGAUGAUAUCAGACCAUUUCAGCUUCGUCUUAGAACAAACACUUAUCAAAACAACUUAGGU